AUGGAGCCCCAGAGUGGGCUCCAUGGCAGUGGUGGUUCACUAGUGGUGAUUCAGCAGCCCUCCUUGGACAGCUGGCAACGGUUGGACUAUGAAAGAGAGAGCCAGCCAACAACUAUCUUGUCACUGGACCAGAUCAAGGUGAUCAGGGGCAGCAAUGAGUACACCGAAAGCCCAUCUGUGGUGAAAAAACCUGGGCCGCAGACAGCGCCAAGGCAAGAGAAGUAUGAAAGGACUCAUGAAAUUAUAGCAAUUAAUGUGAAUAAUAAUUAUGAACACAGACCCAGUCACGUGGGCCACGUGGCACAUCAGCAUAAUGCGAGGGCUCCCGUCUUGAGCAGGUCAACCAGCACGGGGAGCAUGGCUAGCUCUGGGAGCAACAGCAGUGCUUCCUCAGAGCAAGGACUGCUGGGACGGUCACCUCCAUCCAGGCCGGGCUCGGGCCACAGAUCCGAUCGGACAAUCCGGACGCAGCCCAAGCAGUCGUCUCUGAUUGUAGAUGAUCUGAAGAGUCCUUUAAAAGAGGACUUGACGCAGCACAAGUUUAUCUGCGAACAGUGUGGGAAGUGCAAGUGCAGUGAGUGCACGGCCCCGAGGGCCCUCCCUUCUUGCUUGGCCUGCAACCAGCAGUGCUUGUGCUCUGCAGAGAGCAUGGUGGAGUACGGCACCUGCAUGUGUUUGGUCAAAGGGAUCUUCUACCACUGUUCUAACGACGAUGAAGGGGACUCUUACACGGAUAAUCCUUGCACUUGUUCCCAGUCACACUGCUGUUCUAGGUACCUGCACAUGGGAGCGAUGUCCUUGUUUCUGCCUUGCUUGCUUUGCUACCCUCCUGCAAAAGGAUGCCUAAAACUCUGUCGAGGGUGUUACGACCACAUCAAUCAUACAGGUUGCCGAUGCAAGAACUCCAACACGGUCUAUUGCAAACUGGAGAGCUGCCCCUCCCGGCUUCAGGGCAAGCCCUCAUGAUUUUCGGAGGGAGGUUUACUUCCUCCAACUUCGGUUUUUCAGGUUGUAGCUGAUUUUUUUUUUUCUUCUCCCCCCCUUCCUCCCUCAUUUUGGGGGGCUGUUCUUUUCCUUUCCUUUCUGUCUCCCCAACUUCAAAUACACAAGUUCUUCCCUUUGCAUCUUUGCUCUCCUAUUCCUAUUGACUUGGCUGUGUGUGGAGCGUUUUACGUAGUCAUUGCUGCUCUUUGGUAAGUGUGGACCUGGUAUCUGCAUCUGCCGCUCACUUUGGCAGGGUCUUUUGAGUUUGUAACCGAACCACUCCUGAAAGAGACAGUGAGGGCUCGCUGGGCUCUUGAAGCUUCUUGCUCUGUGAAUAUCUUCCCAAAGAUAUUUUUCGUUCUCAGCAAUUUU